GUGCUCGACCCGGCGCUCUUCUUCAUCCAGUUCAUCAUGCUGCUGCGCGUCAUCAUCUCCUGGUACCCGGAGACGGAUCUGAACGACAUGCCGUGGCGCAUCGUCACGUGGCCGACGGAGCCCGUGCUCAAGCUCACGCGCGCGGUCGUGCCGCCGUCCUUCGGCGUCGACGUGUCGCCCAUCGUCUGGAUCGCCGUCGCGAGCUUCUCGCGCGAGCUCCUCCUCGGCCAGCAGGGCGUCCUCAUCCUCAUGAUGCAGCGG